AUGCAAACGGUUAAUUUAAAUCUAAAAACACCCAUAAUCAAAACUCUCAAACCUAUAUAUAAGGGGAAACCACGAUUGAAGGAUUAUUCUGAUAAACAAAAAUCUAAUUCUAAUAUCCAAUUCAUCGAUGAAAAUGAUGAAUUAUAUGAUCUUUAUGUUCAUGGAUUAGAUGAAUUUAAUUCUCUGUUAAUGGAUGAAUCAUUAUCAAGAAUAGGACAGCAUUCUUGCUUUUCAAAUUGCUUAAAUACAUCUAAUGUUGAAGUGUUUAAUGAAAUGAAUCCAUCAUUAAGUAAUAUUGACGAUGGUCAUAUACAAGAACUGUCGUAUAUUGUGGAGGAAGAAAGUCAAGAAAGAAUAUUUUCAAGUAAUAAUUCAUUUAUAAUUGAUUUAUCCAUGCUACAUGAAUCAUCGAAUAGUUUCGGACAGAAUCAAUUUGAUUGUAGUCCAUUUAGAUAUGUUUGUAACUACGAAAAUCAAUUAGAUCAAGGUGGUGUAAUCAAUUCUAUUAUUUCUAAUUCAAUAGGAGAUAAGAUGUUAAUGUUUCCACAAGAACUAGAAUAUCAAGAAUUAUCGAAAUUAAUAUCUAAUAUGGAUAAAAUGAUGUAUUAUUUAUUUGGUAAAGAUAAAUUUAAUUUUUUCCAAUUAUCUAAACAGAGAGAUCAAUUUUAUGAUUUUCCAUUUCUUUCAUUAAUGAAGCCUCUUGUAUUUCCAGGUUAUGAAAUUGAAUAUGACAAUGAUAAUAAAAAUGAAGAUGAAAGUUAUGUUGAAAGUAAUAAGUUUAACGAGGAUAACGAAAUAUUAAUUGAUUACAGUAGUAGUGAAAUAAGAGAUGAGUUGAAUGACAUAAAUCAUUCUGAAGGUUUGGUUUAA